AUGUCAGCUGUCAUUGGUAUAACUUUCGGUAAUACUUCAUCUUCUAUUGCCGUUGCUUCUCAAGACGGAAAAGUUGAUGUCAUUGCCAAUCCAGAUGGUGAUCGUUUUAUUCCAUCUGCUUUAUCUUAUGUUGGAUCUGAUGAAUAUCAUGGUACUCAAGCCGAAGCUAGAUUAAUAAGAAACCCAGAAUCUACAAUUAUAAAUUUCAGAGAUUUUAUUGGAAAACAAUUUGAUGAUGUUAAUGUCGAUACUCCUCAUCAAGUUGGUGCCAAACCAAUCAAGACCAGUGAUGGUGGUGUUGGUUAUGAAAUUAUUAGAAAUGGUAAUACUGAAACUUUAACCGUACAUGAAGUCACCAAGAGACAUUUCAAACAAUUGAAAUUAGCUGCUGAAGAUUUCAUUGGUAAAGAAAUUGAAGGGGUUGUUUUAACUGUUCCAACUGAUUUCACUGAACAUCAAAGAGAAGAAUUAGCUAAGAUUUCUACCGAUGCUGGAUUGAAGGUUUUACAAACGAUCAAUGAACCUUCUGCUGCCUUAUUGGCUCAUUUAUCUGCCGAAGAAGAUAGAUUAGCACAAGAUAAAUUAUAUGUUGUUGCUGAUUUUGGUGGUGUUAGAUCUGAUGGAGCUGUUAUUUCUGUCAGAGGUGGUGUUUUAACUAUCUUGGCUACUGCUCAUGAAUAUGGAUUAGGUGGUGACAAUUUAGACGCUGCUUUAGCUGAAUACUUUGCUAAAGAAUUCGAAAAGAAAUACAAGGCUAAUCCAAGAACUAAUGCUAGAUCAGUUGCUAAAUUAAAAGCUGAGUCUAUUGUUGUUAAAAAGACUUUAUCUAAUGUUCAAACAUCUACUUGUUCUAUUGAAUCAUUAGCUGAAGGUUAUGAUUUCCAUACCAGUAUCAACAGAUUGAGAUAUGAAUUAGCUGCUAGACAACCAUUAUCUCAAAUGACUGCCUUUGUUGAAAAGGUUAUUUCCAAGGCUGGAUUAGAUCCAUUAGAUAUCGAUGAAGUCUUAUUAGUUGGUGGUGCGGCCAAUACUCCAAAAUUAGCAUCUAACAUUUCAUACUUAUUCCCAGAAUCUACCACCAUAGUAGCCCCAUCUUUAGAUUCUAAAGCCUUAAACCCAUCUGAAUUAGUUGUACGUGGUGCUGCAUUACAAGCUUCAUUAGUUGAAGGUUUUGAUGAAGAAGAAAUCAAGGAAUCCUUACAACCAAUUGUUGUCAAUACUCAACAUUUAACCAAACCAAUUGGUAUCAAGGAUGCUCAAGGUAAUUUCCAAUCUAUCUUGGUUGCCGAAACCGCAUAUCCAAUCAAAAAAUCAAUUGAAGUCACCAAUGGUGAAUCCACAUCCGUUGUAGUUGAAUUAUAUGAAGGUAAAAGAACCAUUAAAGAAACCGUUAUUGAACCAGAAGCUCGUGAUCCAGAAGAUUCAGAAGAAGAAGAUUCUGACGAAGAACCAGAAAUCAAAAAAGAAGUUGUUUAUGAAGCUGGUGAAUUAUUGGCUCAAUUGGCUUUGAAAGAUUUAAAACCAAAUUCUAAAUUAGAAGUUGUGGUUAAUAUUACUCAAAAUGGAGUUUUACAUUUAUCUGGUAGAGAAUUGAAGCCUGGUGCUAUUGCCGUCAAGGGUGAAAUCACUUCUGCUUAA